AUGCUGGUCUCUCUCACUGUCGGCAAGGUUGAUGCCGGCGUCACUGUCCUUUUAACACCGGACAAGCGCUUGAUCGAGUUUCCUUCUAUCCUCCUGCCUCCCAACAUCUCCUCAGGCAGCAUCGUUGACAUCAACGUCUCGCAAAAUGCGACCAAAGAAGCCGCCGCCGAUCGCGCAUUCCGUGCCCUCCAAGACAGUAUUUACAAUUCCUUUGGAGCUUCCGAGCCUACAACCCCCGUUCUGCGUUGUCGCAAUGCCACUCAGACUUCGGUCGUACUAGAGUGGGAUCCUAUUGAGCUUGCUACUGCCGACCUGAUCUCUCUAAGCCUCUACCGAAAUGGCCAGAAGGCCGGAAAUAUUCCUCGCCCAUUGCAAAUGCACAGCACAAAGAUCAGUGGUCUUGCUGUUGACACCGAGUACACCUUCCAUCUGGUUCUACGCACAAGCGCGGGUACCUAUGUCAGUGAGCGGGUACCAGUACGCACACAUAAGAUGACAGACUUGAGAGGUAUCACCAUUACCACAGGUAUAAUGCCAAGCUCUGUCAAGGACAACCUGACAAAGGCUGUUGAGCGCAUUGGGGCCAAACUUGUGGAUGGGGUCCGUAUUGAUACGACGCAUUUCGUUACAACAGAAGGUCGUGGGCAGCAAUGGGAGAAGGCCGUCGAGAGCAACAUUCCUGUCGUGCGUCCUGAAUGGGUUGAGGCUUGUGAGAAAAGUGGCCGUAUUCUUGGUGUCACGAAGUUCUAUCUCGAUGCAAUGAAGCCUGGCCCCCCAGUCGAGGAAUCUACACCCCCACCGCCCCCAGAGAAGGCGGAGAAGAGCCUACCAGUACCGCCCUCUCAGAACGGCGAAUCGGCCUCACGAUCGGAGGAGAAGCUGGAUGAGAAGACACGAGAGGAGGAAGAGAAAGAAAAGAAAGAAACGCAGGAGAACGGCGGGAAGAGAAGCUCAAGUGACAGCAGCAGCGGUGAUGACGAAGAUGUAGAGGUCGAACAGAAGGCCAAGACGUCGCCACAAGAAGAACAAAAAGUGCGGUUCGAAGACAAAGAGGAACAGAAGGUUGCCCUGCGGCCAGCCAGUAACGGGGAGUCGAGUAAACUUGAACAGGAUGACAAGGAAGAAAAGUCAGAGGAUGACGGAGCAGAGGACGAAUCGACCGCGAAAGCUACGCCAACACCUGACGGGGCAUCUUUUCAAGAGGUAGAACUAUAG